GUGUCUCUAAAGGCUGGUCCAAAGAAGGAAGCUGAGAAAUUUGACAGGACACUGCUAAGCCACAUGUGAAGAUGAGCGUCCCAGACUACAUGCAAUGCGCCGAGGACCACCAGACAGUGCUUGUGGUGGUCCAGCCAGUCGGCAUAGUCCCCGAGGACCAGUUCUUCAAGAUCUACAAACGCAUUGCCAGCGUGAGCCAGGUGAGCAUCAGAGAUUCGCAGCGCCUCCUCUACAUCCGCUACCGCCACCACUACCUGCCUGAGAACAACGAAUGGGGUGACUUCCAGACGCACCGCAAGGUGGUGGGCCUCAUCGCCAUCACCACCUGCGGCUCAGCUAAGGAGUGGCCUCAGACCGCCGAGCGCUUCCACGGCCAGAAGGAAGUGUACAGCUCCACGCUGUAUGAUUCGCGGUUGCUAGUGUUUGGGCUACAGGGAGAGAUUGCAGAGCAGCAGCGCACAGAUGUGGCCUUCUACCCGAGCUUUGAAGACUGCUCUGAUGUGGAGAAGAGAGUGGAAGACUUUGUGGAGUCCAUAUUUAUUGUUCUGGAGUCCAAGCGGCUCGACCGGGCCACAGACAAGUCUGGGGACAAGAUCCCUCUGCUGUGUGUGCCCUUUGAGAAGAAGGACUUUGUGGGUUUGGACACAGAUAGCAGGCAUUACAAGAAGCGUUGCCAGGGACGGAUGAGGAAGCACGUCGGGGACUUGUGUCUCCAGGCAGGCAUGCUGCAGGACGCCCUGGUCCACUAUCACAUGGCUGUGGAACUGCUCAGAGGGGUUAAUGACUUCCUGUGGCUGGGUGCUGCGUUGGAGGGUUUGUGCUCGGCGUCUGUUAUAUUCCACUACCCUGGAGGCACAGCAGGGAAGACGGUCGGACGCAAGCCAAGCAUCUCCCAGCCAGCAGAUGCAGGGAAACGCCACAGACCAGGGGCUCAGGAGGUUCUCAUUGACCCAGGUGCCCUCACAGCCAACGGCAUUAGUGCAGACACCAGCACGGAGAUUGGACGAGCAAAGAACUGCCUGAGUCCCGAGGACAUUAUCGAGAAAUACAAAGAGGCCAUCUCCUACUACGGAAAGUAUAAGAAUGCAGGUGUGAUCGAGCUGGAGGCCUGUGUGAAGGCAGUCAGGGUGCUUGCCAUUCAGAAGAGGGCCAGGGAGGCCUCUGAGUUCCUGCAGAAUGCUGUCUACAUCAACCUGGGACAGCUAUCAGAGGAGGAGAAGAUCCAGCGUUACAGUAUCCUGUCUGAGCUCUACGAACUGAUUGGCUUCCAUCGCAAGUCUGCGUUUUUCAAGCGCGUUGCAGCUAUGCAGUGUGUGGCUCCCACCAUCCCUGAGCCCGGCUGGAGGGCCUGCUACAAGUUGCUACUGGAGACAUUGCCCGGAUACAGCCUGUCACUUGAUCCCAAGGAUUUCAACAAAGGUACUCACAGAGGCUGGGCUGCUGUACAGAUGCGCCUCCUGCAUGAACUGGUGUACGCCUCGCGUCGCAUGGGCAACCCUGGUCUGUCUGUACGCCACCUGUCCUUCCUGCUGCAGACCAUGCUGGACUUCCUGUCUGAUCAAGAGAAGAAAGAAGUGACCCAGAGUCUGGAGAACUACACCUCCAAGUGUCCGGGAGGAAUGGAGGUCAUCACCCUGCCCGAUGGCCUGAAGCUUUCUCCGGUGCCCUUUACGAAGCUUCCCAUUGUCCGAUCAGUGAAGCUCCUCAAUCUGCCUGUGAGUCUGCGCCCCCACAAAGUGAAAGGCCUGCUGGGACAGAACAUGUCCACUGCCAGUCCCUUCAUCUACUCGCCAAUCAUCAUGCACAACAGAGGAGAGGAGCGCUGUAAGAAGAUAGACUUCCAGUGGGUUCAGGGAGAUGUUUGUGAAGUGCAGCUCAUGGUCUACAACCCAAUGCCUUAUGAACUUCGAGUAGAGAACAUGGGUUUGCUGACCUCUGGAGUGGAGUUUGAAUCCCUGCCUGCUGCACUGUCCCUGCCCGCAGAGUCCGGCCUGUACCCCGUCACCCUGGUCGGCGUCCCACGUACAGCUGGCAACAUCACUGUCAACGGUUACCACACGUCGGUGUUUGGUGUGACCAGCGAUUGCCUUCUGGAGGGCCUGCCUGGUGUGAAGACUAGUGGCUGUUUGGUGGAGGUCGUUCCCUCCCUCCCUCGCCUCCAGCUCAGCACCUCACUACCACGGUCAGCGCACACGCCUCAUCCCAUGUCCAAAGAAGAGCUGUCGAGCACCGUGUCUGUCCAGCUCUUCAACGGAGAGACCCAGCAGCUCACCAUCACCUUGGAGAACAUUGGAUCUGAGGACAUCGAGACUCUGGAACUUACCUCCAAGAUUGUCAACACCAAAGAGAAAGUAUUUGGAGAGUUUCUGAGUUGGGAGCUGGAGGAGCCCUUGUCUCACCUGCCUCUAAAGUCUGGCCAGGCUGUCACACUGACUGUCAAUAUCAAAGUCAAGCUGGACUUCUCUGGUCAGGAGAACCUGCUGCAGGACCUCAAUGAUGAUGGGAUCAGUGUGACAGGCCUGCCAAUCUCCAGUCCGCUGCGCCAAGUCCUCAAACCCAGGCCCGAGACCAAGCCUGUCAGCAGUGAGUCUGGUAAAGCGGAGUACAGCCAUAUUAAGACUUUGGAAGCAGUGCUGAACUUCAAGUACUCUGGAGGAGCAGGCAAAGUGGAGGGCUACUACAGGGAACUGUCUCUGGGAGUCCAUGUUGAUGUGGAGCCUUCGGUGUUCUUCACCCGAGUCAGCACCCUCCCUGCCACCAGCACCCGCCAGUGUUACCUGCUGCUCGACAUCUUCAACCCAACAGAGCAUGAGCUCACCGUCAGCGCCAAGAACAACCAGGACCUGGUUCUCCAUGCCAGCGAGUGCCAGAGAAUGGCCAUCCAGGUGGACAAAUUUGACUUUGAGAGUCUGCCACAGCCGGACCAGGAGACAGCUCGCUUCACUAACCCCAAACAGCUGGAGGAGGAGCGACAGCACGCCCAGGGCUGCCAGAUCAACAGCAAGCUGGGCAUCCGUUGGAGCAUCCCCUCCCUGCAGCGCUCUGGAGAGGCCAGCGUGGAGGGAGUCCUCAACCAGCUGGUCCUGGAGCACCUACAGCUUGCUCCUUUGCAGUGGGAUGUGUUGGUGAAUGGGAAGCCGUGUGACUGCGAUGUCAUUGCCGACUGUAAAGUGGGUGACGCUGUAAGCCUGGAGGUGAAACUGACCAAUAUGAGCAAGAACUCGGUGGGACCCCUGGCUCUGACCGUGGUGCCCUAUCAGGACUACCAGAACGGAGUCCAAAACUACGAUCUUGAGGAUGCUGUUACCUUCAUCGGCUCCAACACCUUCUGCAUCGAUACGGUUAAACCCAGAGAAAGUGCUGUCUGUGUGGGUGCUCUGCUCUUCCUCUACACUGGAGAUUUCUACCUUAAUAUCAAGUUCCAGGACGACAGCGCUGGACGAGAGCUUCCCUUGGCUUGGUUCACUCUGCCCAGUGUUCACAUUAGAGCUCUGGACACUCCGCUACAGGCUGGGGCCUAGGUCCCAAAGGACCACAACAUCAUAGGUUUGAAUGAAGGAUGGAGGGGUUUGUUGUCUGUAAAUACAAAAGCCUUAGGAACUGAAUCACUUGUAAAUAUUGUUUUGUGAGGUUACAGUGUGCAUACAGUAGCGUGUAAGGGGAUUAAAAAUAUGAUCUUUAGAACUUUUCAAUUCUUUGUUUACAGGUUACACUCAGUUUACAGGUGUGGUCAGAAAGGCCCUAAAGCAAAUUCUAGAUAAUGUGUGAUUGCAUACAAAGACAAUAGGAAAUGCACAACUUUCUCUAGGCUUUAUUACUUCGUAAGUGUACAGAGAUGAGAGAAAAAAGAAGAGAGACUGCAGGGAAAUGACAGAAGUGGAAUUCCUGGUGAAUUCUGAUAUUUAAAAUCUGAGCCAAAUAUGAAUUCACAAAGACACGACAUUGCAUUAUAUUGCUUUUUAGCUAAAGCUACAACUAAUAUGAGUAUAUUUGGCUAUUUGGGGGCAAAUAAAAACAGACAACUCAAGUAAUGCGAGGCAAAAUUUGCUUUACUUUCCCAUCUGGACGCACCUUAAGUGGUCUCAGUAUCAGCAGCAUUUGAAACAGGGAAACUUUGGGCGGAAAACAGUUCAUUUCAGACGAAUCUCCACAGUCAGUGGACUCACUUUGGGAGGCAGAGUCUCAUUUUGACACACAAAUUUGCACCUCUGACCAAUAACAAACCACGCUGACAAUGCUGAUUUGUGAGGGAACGCAGCCAAGUGAGUCCAUAAUGGAGUAAGUUAUCUGAUCAGCUGCACUGCAUCAUUCAGUUUUCUAUAAACCUGAUCUGCCAGGUUAUAAGUUGCUCCAUAAAAAAACAAACUGAUACAGUCAACUGUUAGACAGGGAUGGGUUGUACCAAAGCUUUCCCUUGAAUUAACCUUGAUUACUUAUUGUCCAGUUAGCAACAAAGCCAGUUAGCUCGUUAACUGGCAGUUUGCUGAAAGGUAGCAGGCAAGCUAGCUCUGUGCCACCACACUGGAAUUCUUAUGAAUUUGACUGUCUUAGAUUAGCCUAGCAUUAUGUGUGACAUAUAAUUAUUGUAAAUAAAUGUUCCAAUAAGGCCACCUUUAUCCAUUAUGACAUUAUUCCAGACCUUUGCAUUUGUCUGUUCCAGCCGUAAAAGCUGUGUAAUUAUCUUUGUGUUCUGCCGGCUGAGAUGGCCUUUAUCGCCUCAGCAUUUUGGGAACCUCAAGUCUGACAUUCACCUACUUCAAAAUCCGUUAACAGUGAUCAUCAGUGACAAUCAUUUUUAUUUUAUUUAUACAGGGAACUGAACAACAUGUUGCUCUCCGCUGAUAUCUUGCAGUUCGUUGUUGCAGCUGGAAAUAUCAACAUCUGGAUCAUCAUUAGUAUAUUUACAGUCUCUGAUUGAAUAGCAUUGAGAUGUAUUAAACAUCAAAAUGUAGUAGUGUCACAGCAAAUCUAAGUGGUGGACACUUUGACCCAUACAUUGUGUCCCAGACCUCUCUAGAUUAUAGAUAGAUCUGUUUUAGUACUUGUGGCUGCACUGGGAGUUCAUCAGUGCACCCACAGCACUACGAAUGUACUGUAUGGAAAAGCGUUACUCAUUUUGAGUCCAUCUUUGAACCUGAAUCAGUCAUCUUCCAUUAACAAUCCCACUUCUCCAACCUCGUAGGUUACCACUGGCCCAGCCCAGCAGUAGCUAAUACAGGAUGUGUGAUGUAAACCCUCACUGCAGGCCCUUCCUCCAUCCCCUCACUGGUGAAGCAAAUAGGAAGUGGACGAUAAGGAGAUACUGAAGGAAGAUUAGCCUUACUGAACCUCUAAAAUGUCUUGGGGGGGGCUUGGUGAAGUAGCCUGAGGGUUUCAUGUGGAUUUAAAAGGGUGUUUAACACUGAGAGAAGGCACACUCACCACGAGGCAGAUCAGUGUCAGUAAGACCUGCCCCUCCUCCUGACCUGCCACAAUGGUGCUGCUUUGUGUGAAAUGAGAGCUCAAGUGUGUAAUAAUGACAGGAUCAGAGGCCAAUCGCUUCUUAUUCACACUGCUUGACCAUGAAACUGUACACCAAGAAUGAGUUUGUAUUUGUGUAAAGUAAUAGCAUAUAGAUAGUAGGGCAUGAAGAUUCAGUCUUUCAGUGUAACUGAAAUGUCAGUAAUUUGUGAAAUGUGAAGGAUCUUUCAUUCCAGUGAAAGCGUAAGAAAUGACAAUCAUCUUUUUCCCCAUUCUAGUGGUGUUUCCUCAUGAAGGUCACAUUUGAGGCUCAACGACAAACAGCUUUUCCGCCUGUAGUAAAUGUGGUAGUUUACAUAUGUGAAUAAUACAUCAGUGAAUCCACAGAGUUCAUCAGUUAUGCAUACAACGCAAACAAUACCAAAGUCAUGCCCUCAACGCUUAUCAGUUUAUUUAUCUAUUUAUUUAUUUGAUUAAGAAUGGAGUGUCUGUGUGUGUCUGUGUGUGUCUGUGUGUGUGUGUGUGUGUGUGAGAGAGAGAGAGAGAGAGAGAGAGAGAGAGAGAGAGAGAGAGAGAGAGAGGAUGUGUGCGUACGGGCUUUGAAAAGUCACGCAGUUC